UCGAGAUGGACAACUCUUAAUAAGGUAAAAAGUUUGAAAGAAAGGUGGCACUCUAUCGCCAAUCAUGAUUUGGUUCAUCCUUUAGCUUCACAUGCUCCCUCGUCUUGCCCGCACACAUUUCUUCAUCCCAAAGGAGUAAUAUUAGUCGUGCUUCUUGACGUGAUCCUGAUUCUUCGCGACUUGUUCGUCGUUGAAUAAGUUACUUCUUUUGGUCUAAAAUUUCUCAUCAUCUACUUAUAAUUUUUUCACUUCUUGCUCUAGUUUGAGUACGUCGCACUCGUAGGAGUUCAUCUUUAUUUAAAUGUUCUUUCUAUGUUGUAUCUGAAGACUAAAACUACAUCACUUGAUUUUCGCCAAUAACUCCGACCUCCGCAGGCACGAAAUCGUAAAUAAAGGACAACAUAAUGGAUUAACUACAAGAUUAUAUCACCUUGUUCAACUUAUAGAUACUAAAGUCACUGUUCAACUUCUAAGAAUACAACUCGUUUAAUAUCUAAAAAGAUGGCCCGUUCUCGUUCGCGCAGUCGUGGUAGGAAACGAGAGAAGGAUGACAAGCCUGCUGACGGGAAGAAAAAACGUAGUCGGUCGGAGGAGUCAGCAGAGAGGUCAAGGGAGCGAGAAAAGCGACGCAGGCGGAAGCAGAGGGAGUUUAUGUCACACCAGUCAAACAAAGGAUCAUCAAAAGGAGGCAUGAAUGCAAGUACUUAAAGAAUACUUUACUCGACAACAUCUUCACAACUACUGGUAAACAGUUGUUCCUUUAUUUGGUCAGGCUGAAUGACGUUCUUGACCUUGACGAAGAAGCUCGUCAUCACUAAUAUUACAAUUUAUAUUUUUGAAUACAGAAACCCAAACCUGCUCAACUUAUCUUCUGCGAAAAUUACCCUCUACAGGCACACGCGCGGGAAUGUUUUGGGAUGGAUUUCAAUGGAUUCCGUCUGAAGCAAGUACCAACAACGCAGCCGCAGCAGCACAGCGAAAACUAAAGCGCCUCUAUAUUUAUGAUACCGUUCUUCUUUUUUCAUUUUCCUCAACUCAAGUAGAUCAUGAGUCCAUAGCCGUACUCCAUAAGUAACUACAUGCUAAGAAAACACACGUUCUUCUGGGAAUUAUGCAGCUCUUAGCAUGCUAAAAAUACGCUUGAGCAGUAAGAGGCCCUAUGUGCAUGUAAAAGGAUCCCCACUCUUACUUCUAAUAUCUCGGCAAUGUCCCUGUCGGAUGCAGUGAGGAACUAUUUAAGAUAUCGCUCAUCGAGAAAAUGCGGGAGUCCGAAAUUAUUCCGUCAGAUCGCGACUCUCAGUCCAUGCAGCUGCUCAUAUGGUACAUUGUUGUAGCAGUAAAAGUACAAAAGAUCAUGGCAAAGGUUUUUAUGGCGAAGUCUUGUUGAUGAAGCUCAGCUCCUUCUAUUGUAGGAGCCUCCUCAACGUCGCCCUUGAUGUAGCUAUCAUUCCGCAUGAGUGAGUGCAACGAGAUCUUCAAUAGAUAUGCAUUAUAUUCGAAAGUGUCUGUUGUAACUCAACCUUCGCUCUUCCAGGUUGCAUCCAGAGCAGCAGUAUGGCUUUGUAGAGCUUGAGAGUGUAGAGAUGGCAGAGAAAGUACUGGCAAGACUGGACGGCAUGCUUGUGAACGGAAACCCCGUGCAGAUAAAACGACCAAACGAUAGUUCUGUUGCAGCCAGAAAUAUUCCGGGAGUUGCGCCUGGAGCAGGUAUGUUGAUUCUUUACAAGUUUUUCCAAAAAGAAGAAGAACUAACUUUAUCGCCUUGUUUGUCUCCACCACUCCCCCAGUUCUGACAUUGAGGAACAGAGGGCACUCCAUGUAGUGAUAUCUUUACUUUUACCAACCACAGUCGCCGGCGCUCCUCUCGCAAUUGCGGCGCCGCCAGUAUGCACGUCACGUAUAGUCCAAAUUAGUGAUGCUCUCCAGUAUGAUCCGUAUAGCACUGUGCAUGAAGACUUCAUUGAUACAGUGGAGGAUAUGGUAGAGGGGUGUUCACAGCACGGAAAGAUCAAUGCCGCCAACACGCGCAUUAUCAAGCAAGAGCACCUGCAAUUGCUGCUCGACGCCGGCCUUGCGGAUAGCGUGCAGGUACAACAACAGUUUUCUUGGAUUUGGUGAUCGAUAUAAUCUACAACAAUGAUGACUUUUUUAUUUGAAACUGGUCUAGAAGAAGAACAAGAAGUAGAUCUGUUUUGCAUAAUUCUUUAUCGCCUUACAAGAAUAUGACUCAAAAUACCAGAUCGGCCAUGUCUUCUUGGAAUUCUUGUCGAUGGGUGAUGCAAGCCAAGUAAUGAUGAAGAUGCAAAAUCGAAAAUACGAUGGGCGAUUCCUGCGUUACCAAAGUUUUCCAGAGGAUAAAUUCUACGCGCAUGUUGUCCCUCUCUCACCACCGCAAUAGACAUGAUACAGCAGAAUCAGGUCAUCGAUAAGUGUUGAACCAGUGAACUCCUUCACUGACCACGUGUCGUUGACAACCGACAGCCGCAGCUAAGCAGAUCAUGAAUGCCUCUCCUGUUUUAUCAUGACGGUGCAUUCUGGAGCUGACACUGACAAUAAUUGCCAGCCUUUCUACUGGCAGAAUCGCCACGAAGAAGAAUCGCGCAAAGAUGAGCCAAGUCCUCCACUCUCGCCUAUAGAGGACUUCUAGCGGUGAAAGUCCAUGAAAUAACACCUUUUUUGAUGAACCCCAAGAACGUGUUGAAAGGAUAAAAAUCUCUAAUGAACUUCUUUUUACACCAACACUAAUAUUCGAUGUUAGCAGUUAUGCUUAUGACCAAUGCUCCUUCUAAGUGGUACGCAUACUUAUAAGAGCAAACACGUUUUGUUUCGCAAUGAUUUCAACUGACCGAAGGUCUCGAUCCGCAUCUUCAUUUGUGGACGACGCAGGC